AUGUCAACCCAAAGCCCGCCAGCAGAUUUCGAAGUUGCAGAACUGGAAAAGGAGGUACCGGAACAAUUGGAAGUCGAGAAGCCAAAUCCAGAAUCGAAAGACGGCGAUAUUUCAAAUGCAAGACCUGCACAAUUACCAACGCCAGACCCGACGUUACCUGAAGAUUACUCUGAUGCGCCAUCAGUAGCACCGCAAGAUCCUUCGAAAAUAAAGAGAAAACAUCAGCGCGGUGGAAGAAAGCAGAAGCAACAGCAAAACCAGCAGUCUUUGUCCGAAGCGCAACUUUUGGAGGAGCAAGAACGCGAAAACUUCGAAGAACAAGAAGGGCGAGGGAAACCAGCUCUGCCAGAAUUAAAGCAUCGCAGCUCGAAUACUAGAAAAGCAACUGGCAUCAGAACUUUCAACUUGAAAAGAGCAGAAUCCUCGGGAGGAAGAGCGGUUGGUGUGUCGGUGGAUGACAGUAACAAUGAAUCGAAAAAAGUCAAGAACAAAGUAAAACCAAAGAACAAAUCAAAGCGAAAAGUCAAAUGCGAUAAGUGCGGCCAGAAGAGCAAAAAGAAGACAGCUGAGGAGAACUGGGAGAGUCAAGAUUCGAGUGAGGAGAGCGAGGAGGAGGAAGAGCAGAAACCAGAGAAACCAAAGGAAAAGAAACCUUUCGCUAUUCGUCUGGAUCUGAAUCUGGAACUUGAGAUAUUCCUCAGGGCGAAAAUCAAAGGAGAUGUGACCAUUACUUUCCUGCAAUAA